CAUACCGGUAAUCAUGAGAGUAAGUACCGGACUCCAACUCGUCCAUGCAGUGGGACGAGAAAAUUAUUUGCUUUUCAGACAGCACGCCGUCACCCACAUCUGAAGGUCCUGUUUGCCAUAGGUGGCUGGGAAAAUUCGCAAUAUUUCUCGCUGCUCACUGCCGAUCACCCUCGAAGUUGUUUCAGGACGAUUUUGAUCAACAAAAUUGUCGACGUCGUUCUAAAAUAUGGAUUCGAUGGAGUCGAUUUGGAUUGGGAAUAUCCUGUGACAGGAGGAUCUGUUGA